AUGAGUAGGGUAGGGUACAAUGUAAAUUUGUCUGCGGGUAGAGUAGGGUACGAGUUUAGGAACCGUCGAUUCACAUACUUUCAGCACGAACUGGCUAACUCUCAGGGAGCGUUGUUGGUGGAAGCUGCUGACUCCAGCAACAUUAAGCUGGUCCGAGCACUUUAUGACGCCCUAAGCGCGCGUGACUCCCACGCGGUUCUCAAGCUCGUGGCCUCAGACCUCGAGUGGUGGUUCCAUGGUCCACCCUCCUGCCAGUUCUUGAAGCUCCUGCUCACCGGAGAAUCCUCCUCUUCCUCCUCCGCUUCCACCGCCGCUGAUUCAUUCGAGUUCGUUCCGCUUUCAGUCGUAUCCUUCGGCAGCACCGUUAUCGCCGAGGGCUGCGACACCGCGCGCUCCGUCGUUUGGGUCCACGCCUGGACUGUCACGGAUGGGAUAAUUACUCAGGUCAGGGAGUACUUCAACACUUCCUUGACCGUUACCAAGAUCGGAGAUUCUGAUUCUGAUUCCGAUUCUGAGAUUAUUCCGGCGAGUUCUGACUCUGGCAACUUUCCUUGCGUCUGGCAGAGCAGCCUCUCCGGUCUCGCCGGAAAAUCGGUCCCCGGUCUUGUCCUGGCAAUAUAAGAAGGGAAACACAAUAUUUAAAAAUAAAUAAAUAAUAAAAUUGUGAAAAAUAUUAAAAAUAAAAGUGGUUGUGCACGUGGCGGUUGGCGACUCUGUUUCACGGGGGGGCAUUGAUCGUGGUGCUUUACCUUGAAGCCAUAGAGAUGUAAGACCCUGUUUGGUGCAGUGUGGGAUUUGGUAUUGCUCCCAUUUUUUCCCUUUUAAUUAUUAUUAUUUUUAAUUACUAUUUUAAGUUCUGGGGGAGUGUGAUUUGCGUGGAGCCAUAACCAUUAAGGGUGUAUUUUGGUUUUGGUAUCCUAGUGUGUUACUUUUAUAUGAUGUGGUUUGAUAAUGAUGCAUUAAGAAUAUAUAAGAAUAUUUGUUUUAAGA